UCUUGAACUGAGAGUCCCAUUUUUGGAUCAUCGGUUUACUUCUUAUUAUUUAUCUCUACCAGCAGAACUGAGAAUCCCAAAGAAUGGAAUUGAAAAAUACCUUUUAAGACAAUCCUUUGAAGAUUCCAAUUUGCUUCCAAAAGAAAUUCUCUGGAGACCCAAAGAAGCUUUCAGUGAUGGUAUAGCAUCAGUAAAGAAAUCCUGGUUUUCUAUUCUUCAGGACUAUAUUGAUCAACAGGUUGAUGACCUUCUGCUGGAAAAGGCAGUAGAGAAAUAUCCUUUCAAUCCUCCUAAAACAAAAGAAAGUUAUUAUUACCGCCAGAUCUUUGAAAAGCACUACCCGGGGCAAGGCAACUGGCUGCCCCACUACUGGAUGCCUAGAUGGGUUAAAGCUACUGAUCCUUCUGCUCGCACCUUGAAACAUUACAAGUCAGCUACCCAAGAAUAGGCUGUUGAAAUAAUCCCCCAAUAGAAGUGCUGCAAUCAAUUUGCAUGCACUCUGCUUUAAAAAAAAACAAACAAAUUAUGCAAACUUAAAGCUUAAAUGGUCUUUAAGACGCAUUUUGACAAUGCUGUUGGAAAUAAAAGCUUUGUGUGGUUAGUCUCCUGUUAAAAAUUCACCUUGCUGUACCAAAACUUUGUAAUACAUGGGAAAAUACUUUAUGGACAA